AUUGAUUUAAAAGAAGAAGAAAAACAUUUGUCGUAUCAGUCUUCUCAUUGAUAAGAGAGGAGAGAGGAGCUUCACAAUCACAACAAUGGCGAAGUCGCCAUAUCCCAACCUUCUUCUCCUUCUCCUCCUCCGCUUCCCUUUCUCAUCUUCCAGCAUACCUCUCGGCUCCGUCCUUUACGCAUCCGGUUCCAACCAGUCAUGGUCGUCUCCCAAUUUCACUUUCUCCGUCUCCUUUCUUCCAUCGUCUUCCCCUAACUCCUUCCUCGCCGCCGUUUCCUUCGCCGGAAAUAUUCCCAUAUGGUCCGCAGGAACCGUUGACUCUCGAGGAUCCCUCCGCCUCUCUUCCUCCGGCUCCCUCCGCCUCACCAACGGUUCCAACGCCACCGUCUGGGAUUCCGGAACCGAUGGUCUCGGCGUCGUUUUAGCUACGAUUGAAGAUUCCGGUAACCUCCGACUCCUCGACAACCAAAGCAACCCGGUGUGGUCUUCAUUCGAUCACCCGACGGACACGAUCAUGCAAUUGCAGAACUUCACCGCCGGUAAGGUUCUCCGAUCCGGUAACUACUCGUUUCAGCUAGAGAGAAGAGGGAACCUCACGCUUAAAUGGAACAACAGCACGACUUACUGGAGCCAAGGGCUAAAUUCGUCUUUUAGCUCCAACUUUUCGUCUCCGAGCUUAGCGUUACAGACUAACGGAGUUGUCUUGAUGUUCGAUUCAACUCUCAGCGGCGGUACUGAGACUAUUUACAGUGACGAUUACGGCGAAGGUAGCAAUACGUUUAGGUUCUUGAAGCUAGACGACGAUGGGAACCUGAGAAUCUACAGCUCCGCGAGUAGAAACAGCGGUCCCGUCUCGCCUCAUUGGUCUGCUGUUGCUAACCAGUGUCUUGUUUAUGGUUAUUGCGGGAAUUUUGGGAUCUGUAGUUACAGUGAUACAACUCCGGUUUGCUUGUGUCCUUCUCGUAACUUUGAUCUUGUUGAUGUGAAUGAUAGAAGAAAAGGGUGUAAGAGAAAGGUAGAGCUAAAUGAUUGCUCUGGCAACGCGACCAUGCUUGAUUUGGGUAACACUAGGUUGGUUACAGACUCGAGUGACCCUAACUCUGAAGUUUUCUUUGCCGGUAGCUCGCCUUGUAGAUCCAAUUGUCUUGUUAGUACUACUUGUCUUGCUUCUGUCUCACUGUCCGAUGGGUCAGGAAACUGUUGGCAGAAACAACGAGGUUCUUUCUUUACCGGGUACCAGAGCUCAUCGGUUCCGAGUACUUCUUAUGUUAAAGUGUGUGGUCCGGUGUUGCCUAACCAGCCUUUGGUUGGAACGAAAGGAGACGGGAACAACUCGAAAGUUCACUUGUGGAUUGUUGCAGUUGCUGUUGUAGGUGGGCUUCUUGGUUUGGCUGUGGUAGAAGUAGGUCUGUGGUGGUGCUGCUGCAGAAACAAUCCAAAGUUUGGAACUUUGUCGUCUCACUACACUUUGCUUGAGUACGCUUCUGGUGCACCCGUGCAGUUCUCCUACAGGGAGCUGCAACGCUGCACCAAAAGUUUUAAAGAGAAGCUUGGAGCUGGAGGGUUUGGUACUGUGUAUAGAGGCGUGCUCUCUAAUAAAACCGUGGUUGCAGUGAAGCAACUAGAAGGAAUAGAGCAAGGAGAGAAGCAGUUUAGGAUGGAGGUUGCAACCAUAAGCAGUACACACCACCUCAAUCUGGUGAGACUGAUCGGGUUUUGCUCUGAGGGAAGACACAGGCUUCUUGUGUAUGAGUUCAUGAGAAACGGAUCUCUCGAUAGCUUCCUGUUUACUACUGACUCAGGAAAGUUGUUGACUUGGGAGUAUCGGUUUAACAUUGCGCUUGGAACGGCAAAAGGAAUAACUUACCUCCACGAAGAGUGCCGUGACUGCAUUGUUCACUGCGACAUUAAACCAGAGAACAUUCUUGUGGAUGACAAUUACACUGCCAAAGUCUCGGACUUUGGACUCGCCAAGCUCUUGAACCCGAAAGACAACAGACACAAAAACAUGAGCAGCGUUAGAGGAACAAGAGGCUAUUUAGCACCUGAAUGGCUCGCAAAUCUUCCCAUAACUUCGAAAUCUGAUGUCUAUAGUUACGGAAUGGUUCUACUAGAGAUAGUAAGUGGAAAAAGGAACUUUGAUGUCUCAGAGAAAACGAACCACAAGAAAUUCUCGAUAUGGGCAUACGAGGAGUUUGAAAAAAGCAACACCGAGGCCAUUCUUGACAAACGUUUGCGAGAAGAUCAAACGGUUGAUAUGGAACAAGUGAAGAGGAUGGUUCAGACAAGUUUCUGGUGCACACAAGAACAGCCAUUGCAGAGGCCGACAAUGGGAAAAGUGGUUCAGAUGAUAGAAGGAAUCACUGCCGUAAACAAGCCGCCACGUCCAAAGACCUUAAACGAAGUGUCGUUUUCAGGGAGCAGUGGGAGCACAAGCCACGCGUCUAUCUUGGUUGCUUCUGGUCCGACUCAUUCAUCUUCUUCGUCUGCAACAAGGUCGUUUCAGACAAUGGGAAUCACGUCGUCUUCCACAAAGAUAGGUCAAGGUUCAUUGCUCGGAUCUUAAAGUGUUGUAUUGUGAUUACUAAUGUGUACCAGGCUUUGUGUUACUUAUUGGCUUAUUGCGUACGUUGUAACUGUAUAGGACCACAGCAAAACUAUAUCUAUUGUUCCUGAAAUAAAUGAUAAGUUUUAUUUA